AUGAAGCCACAGAAGAAGGCUGUUGUUGCCAGAAAGGCAACUAAAAUGCCAACAGUCGCCAAGAAACGUCGCACAUUUAUAGAGAAGACUAUGCCCGAUGUGAGGAAGGAGAAGAAAUUAAAGAAAAAUGACAAAAUGGGAGAUUCGAAGAAGAAGGUGGACAACGAUAAGAAGAAAUUGGACAAAGUGGAAGACAGAAAAAAAUUUGAUGACAAAAAGAAGGCGGAGGAAAAACGAAAAGAAAGAUCUGAUAAACUAGAUGAAAAGAAGAAACAAUUAAGCAAAGAUAACGAAAAGAAAUCUGACAAAAUUGAUGAAAAGAAGACCGAAAAAGGAGACGAUAAAACAAACGAAGAGAUAAAUCAAGAGAAUAUGGAUAAGAAGAAAUUACUAAAAUGCGAAGAAAAGACGAAAUUGGAGAAGCAAUUUGUUGAUAACAAAAAGAAGAUCGAAAAAGCGGAGGAAAAAAAGAAGAACAUAAAGUUUGAUGAUGCAGAUAUGGAAGAUAAUAUAAAAUCUUUAAAUACAUUGGAAAAUAAGGAUGCAUUUGAAGAUAAAAUUGAUACUCUCUCUUCACUUACUAAAAAACGAAGCAAAGAUGAAAAGAAGAAAGAUGUCAAGCCGAUUAAAUCUGAUGUCAAGACAAUAUCAAAAAGUUCUACCGUGAAAGAUAAAAAAUCUGAACGAAAGAAAAUUUCCGAAAAGGAUGCAGCAAGCAAUAAAAUUUCUCCUGCGAAAACAAAGAAAGAUUCGAAAACGAAAGGCCAGAAGAAAAAUAUUACAAGAAAAACAGUUUUGACAAAGAAGCCUCAUUUAUCGGUAGUUAAAAGAUUGGUGGAUAAAAAAAUCAAAUAG